AUAAUCUUAUGUCUGUUAUUAUAUUUUUAUGUACUUUCUGUCUGAAUUGUUUUCAUGAGGAAAGAAAAUAUUAAGGUUAGACAAGGUUCAAUAAAAUCUGAUGUGGUUGAACUAGGCGCAUUGUUUCAGAUUUUAGCUUAUAAUGAUGGAGUUUAGGGUGUUUGUAAUGCCACAUGGUUUUUCCACUUCAUUAAAGCAAAUUCAAAGUAUAAAGUCUUUGUCUUUUUGGUGAGUGGAUUUACAAAAAUCAAAAGAUGCACUGUAUAUGCAUUCUGAUACAGCUGUUGGGAAUGUUGUAUUCGUCGCUUAGUCAGGAUUCGGUGCCCGCAGCUUCCCGCCAAACUGCCUCGGGGGCACCCAGUGUAUGUUCCUCAGAACAGUACAGAUCACUGUCGCCUUCACUCCAGAACGAACACCAGUGUAACUUACUAGAGAGGCUGAAAGGAGACUUUGAAACUUCUAAAACCAACCAGGAGAAUCUCAUAAAUGAUGCUAUUAUGAAACUUGAUGUCCUGAAUAAUAAGAUUGAUCAACAGAUCCGGAGACAGAUAGAAACAAUAGAGGUUGAAAAGUAUAAAAAGAUGGCACCAAGUUUCCCAAAUAUACCCUUAGUCCGAGAUUGUAAUGAAUUGAAGAUGAAUGGAUUCCAUGUUUCUGGGGUAUAUCCAAUACGUUUCUCAAACGGAAAAAUAAUGAAUGUCUGGUGUGACAUGGAUACUGACAGGGGUGGAUGGACCGUUUUACAAAGAAGACAGGAUGGAAGUGUUAAUUUCACACAGAACUGGAACACGUAUGCUUUUGGAUUUGGAAAUCCAAACACGGAAUAUUGGUUAGGAAAUGAAUAUAUUCAUUUAAUGACGCGGGCCAACAACUACACGCUGCGAAUUGACCUUUGGGAUUGGGAAGGAGAUGAGGCCUAUGCCAGAUAUGAAUAUUUUGCAGUCACUAACGAAGCAGACGGGUAUAGGUUACUUGUGUCAAAUUACUCGGGCACUGCUGGGGAUUCGUUUUUAAGCUACCACCAAAACAUGAGGUUUAGUACGCACGAUAAAGACUAUGAUCUGUGGUACUCGUCCUGUGCGAGAAAAGACAAGUCUGGAUGGUGGUAUCGAGACUGUGGAUACAGUACACUGAACGGGUUGUAUGUAGAUGGGGGAACUAUUCCGAUCUCGGCUGACGGACUUAUUAAGGGAAUUAUUUGGUACCACUGGAAGAGGAGAUACAGUUAUUCAUUGAAAAAAGUGGAAAUGAAGAUAAAGCCAUCGCUGGCAAUAAAGGUGGAACUUGAAGAACUUGCAGCUCUUGAAGCCAAUCCACCAUUUCUUUCCACAGUUGCAUCUUCUACUAAUAACUAAAACUUUUAAGACUUCGACGGAAAAGAAUUUAAAUAAAAAAAGGUGUUCAAACUUUUAACACCUUUCCCACUUUCAUCGAGAGUAUUGUAUUCUAUAUAAAGAGAUGUUUCGUAUUUUAACACAAUUUCUCCACAAUAUUAAGUACCUUAACAUUAAGGGUCCCUCGAUAGACUGUGGUAAAUCCCUUUCCCUUCAAGCAUUCAUGGCACGGUUCACUUAAGUGAAUCCUCCCUGGCUGAACAGAAAGAAGAAUCAAUAAACAGUUGAUAUAUGAUGUAAUAUCAAACCAAUUUUAAUUAAUAAUCGCAUGAUUAUUUCUGACCUCCUGUUCAAUUGCAACAUAAAGCAUAAUUUAAUUAACUCAUACCUCACUGUAUGAUUGCAUUCGUGAUGCUGUAUUUACAGUGUCCCCAAAGAGACAGUACUGGGGCAUCCUCUUUCCCACAAUUCCCCCCACCACACUUCCUGUGUGCAUACCUAGUGUAACAAUGUGACAGUGUUCAUGGACAUUGACAAAGGAGUAUGAUGUCAUCCACCAGGUUAAGAUAUUUCAGUGUAGUCUAGGACAUACAAAAUGUUUUAGUCUUUGAGUUUUUCAUUCAUUAACAUUACAGUAUUUCGCGUUCAUUAUAUAACAUAAAAUAAUUGUGUAAAAUAUCUAUAUAAUGAAUACAAAUACGCUUGCAAAGGUACAUGAGUCUUUGUCAUAUGCCCUUUUACAAAACUAAGAGGAGGGUCUGUUAAAUCAAUUCCUUUUAUAUGUCAAUGGGAAAGAGUAUUUUUCGCUUUAGCUUUCAAAAUAAUUUUGGAGAAACUGAUUGAAAACUCUUAUGUUUACUAAACCUUUCAUAUAUAACCCGUAAGAUUUAUCAUUAUAAGAGAAAUAAAUAAAUGUCUUUAUAAAAAUAAAUACUUCCUCAAGUGCCUGUAUUGAAAAAUGAGAAAGAUGUGUUAUUUGGAUUAGUUACCCGCCCUGAGCUGGAGAUUUUCCCCUGUCACGGGAUCGGUUAGGCUGGCUGCCUUUUCCACUAGUUCUAUAGCGAGCCCUGCUACAUUGACCGCGUGAUUUUCAUUUCUGUCUGGAACACCACCGGCCACCAUGUACACUGCGUCCCCUAGUGUUUCCACCUAGAUAAUCACAUAAUAUACCUAGUUCAAAACAAAACCUAUCCCAAAAGUAUAAAUGGUGUAAAGAUUAGGGAGAGUUAUCAUCUUAAGAAUUGCUUUUCAGUAUUUCAUUAAUUUUACUUUUUCUUAGGUUUUCGUAAAUAGCGGUGAUAAGCAUCGUCUAAGUUUGUAAAAUAUCAUUGAAAUUAGCAGUUGUUUUAGCAAAAAAGCAAUUAUUACUUUCUCUGUUACAUACUUAAUAUAAUUGUAAGUGACUAGUAAGAUAAGUAUUUCAGUCGGUCAGCAAUCUUAUGUAUUAUACAGUUCUUUUUAUUCUGUUUUAACAUUUAUAAGAACACAAUUUUCACAAUGAACUUGAAUUUCUUUUUUUUUUCAAAUUAAUGUAGCUUUAUAAUUUGAACUUAACUUUUUUAAUACAUUGUAAUAAGGAUGGUUAAAUCUGUUUUGAUUUACAUUUUCAUUUAUUGAAAUAAAGUGCAUUUUAAGAUGAA